GUGAGAUGAAGAUGUCCAUUGUCUGUGUCCAAAAAUUCUCGUAGUCGCAGUAUUUUUGAGAAUCAAAAGUGAAUUAAUUAGUUGAAAAAUCUCGAUUAAUAAAUUAAUUUAAACGUCAAAUCUGAUAUCGUGUGUUAAAAAUUGAAAUAGUACAAACAAACGUUCGAGAAACCCAGCCCAAAGGUACAUUUUCAAGUAUAAUGUAACGAUAUAAUCGGACGAAAAUUCUUACACCUUAGCUGCAGUCCCAAAUACAGUGUAAAAAUGGAUUAUGAGAAUGACGACGAUACAUCUGACGAAUUAGAGCUGGAUAAUUACUACGAGCUUCCCAAAUUACCGACUACGUUUUCGUAUAAUUCGAGAAAAACAGACACCAAGAAUGAAUCGAACUCGACAAUCGGUCUUCCGCUUAGGAAGAGCAUCAUGGUUGGUAGCAGUUAUCAAGCCACCAUUCCAGAGCUGAUUAAAAAACCUCCUUACGCCGAUAAGAAGAAACCGUACAGCGGCGAAGACAAGCUACUCUGGAGUCCGUUUAAAAUAAACGACAAAGAAGUCGAAAAAUAUUUAUCUAACGUACACAAGAUAAAUUACGAAAAAGCUCGAGGAAUUACAGCCAUACCUCGAGGUACUCAUACCCGAGACGAUGAACAAGCUUUGUACACAUUGCACCAGUCCGGUUACAAUAUUGAUAAAACGUUACAGAAGAUAAAAGGUGCUCCGGUCAACACCGAUACGUCUUCGUACUGGUCCGAAGAAGAAUGCAAAAGCUUCGAAAGCGGUAUACGAAUCUACGGUAAAGAAUUCUUCCUCAUACAUACGAACAAAGUGAAAUCACGUACGGUUGGCGAACUCGUGCAGUUUUAUUACCUUUGGAAGAAAACCGAACGACACGAUGUGUUCGCCAAUAGAGCUAAACUGGAGAAGAAGAAGUACUCGUUGCAUCCUGGAGUGACGUUUUUAGAAGAUCACGAUGAAAAUAACUCAUAUAAAGACGGAACGUUUACGAACAUACAAUGUUUAAUUUACGGCGAUGCGAAAAAAUUUCAUCGCGGUACCGAUUUAACUAGUCAUGGGUAUUAUGACAAUAAUUCGGCGGGUGAAAAUAAAUCCAAAAGUACGUGGAAUAAUCACUUGACUUCUGGUAACUCGCACGUAUGAUGUUGGUCAACGAAUUGUACGACUUUAUCGAAAAUGGCAUUUAUCAUUGUAUAAAUUUUCGAGACCCGAUUACGUUGUAUAAUUAAUAUUUUAAUUCGUUUUUUUUACAGUGUGGUUCGAACGUACGAACGAAUUUUUUAAAAAACAUUUUCUAUUCGAUUACUACUAUACAUAUUGCCUAUAUAUUUAUCAUUGUAUGUAAAUAAUGAAGAAAUCAAUUGUACUGUAACUCAAUUUUUAGUCACGUAUGUUUUUAUUACUCGUUUUAAUACUUUUCUUUUUUAAAAUUACGUGUGAAAUUUUACUUGUAAAUAUUCACAUCUUUACCUGAGACUCUUCUUCCUUUUGUUUUGUUUUUUUGUUUUUGUUUCAUGAUACGUUUUAUUUAUUAUUGUAUUGUGUAUAAAUUUGAUUUUAUUUUGCUCUUAUGUAUGAUUGUUUCUUUCUGAGCUUAUUAUAUUGCUUCUUUAAUAUAUGCUAUUAUUAUAUUUUUAUUUACUUUUG